GAUAGCGCCUGCCGUACUUAUAUAUUCCUAGUAGCGCAUGCGGUCGAACCACUCGCUUUUGGGAUAGAAGUGUAGAAAGUACUGUAUCCUACAGUACUGUAUCUUGCAAGCUGGUGCUACUACCCAGUAGGUCGCAUCCAUGGCUGCUCCUCACCCUCACGUGAUGGUGCUUCCGUUCCCAGCGCAGGGCCAUGUCAUGCCCCUCAUGGAGCUCUCCCACCGGCUCGUCGGCCACAGCCUCGAGGUGGACUUCGUGAACACGGACUACAACCACGACCGCGUCCUCAAGGCCAUGCAGGGCGCCGAGACAGGAGCUGCUGGCCCCGACGGCGUCAACAUGGUCUCGAUCCCGGACGGCAUGGGCCCCGACGGCGACCGCACCGACGUCGCCACGCUGGGCAGCGGCUUGCCGGCGGCCAUGCUCGGCCCUCUCGAGGAGAUGGUCAGGUCAAAGAGGAUCAAGUGGGUGAUCGCCGACGUGGUCAUGUGCUGGGCGACGGAGCUGGCCGCCAGGACGGGCGUCCGCGUCGCCCUGUUCUCGACUUGCUCGGCCGCCACGAUCGCGCUCCGGUUGCACUUGUCCAAGCUGAUCGACGAUGACGUCCUCGACGAAUGUGCCACCGUGAGGAGGAACGAGACGAUCCAGCUGAGCCCCAAGAUGCCGCCAGUCGAGGCAGCCGAGAUACCAUGGGCUUGCGUGAGCAGCUCGCCGGACAGACGCAGGGUGAUCAUUCAGAUCUUGCUCAAGACCAACCCGAUGAUACCGCUGGCUGCCACCGUCAUCUGCAACACAUUCGAGGAGAUCGAGUCGGAGGCAUUACAUCUCGUCCCCAACGCGCUGCCCGUCGGACCCCUGGAAGCGCCGGAGUUGUCGAGGUCUGCCGGCCAACUCUGGCCAGAGGAACUGGCCUGCCUCCCCUGGCUCGACGCGCAGGCCCGCGGCUCCGUCGUCUACGUGGCCUUCGGGAGCUUCACCAUCUUCGACGCGGCGCGGUUCCAGGAGCUCGCCGACGGGCUGGAGCUCACCGGCCGGCCCUUUCUUUGGGCGGUCCGGCCGAACAUCACCACCGGAAUCGGAGAAGAUUGGCUCGACGCCUUCAAGCGCCGCGUGGAGGGCAAAGGUCUAGUCGUGGGCUGGGCGCCACAGCAGCGCGUGCUCUCGCACCCCUCCGUCGCCUGCUUCGUGUCGCACUGCGGGUGGAACUCCACCAUGGAAGGGCUGCGGCACGGCGUGCCGUUCCUGUGCUGGCCAUACUUCGCCGACCAGUUCUGCAACCAGAGCUACAUCUGCAACGUGUGGGGCACCGGCGUCAAGAUCCACGCCGACGAGAGAGGGGUCGUCACCAAGGAGGAGAUCAAGAACAAAGUAGAGCAGCUGCUGGGUGACGCUGGGAUAAAGGCAAGGGCGGCUACGUGGAAGGAUGCGGCGUGUACGAGCAUCGCAGCGGGAGGGACGUCAUAUGAGAACCUGCUCAAGCUUGUGAAACUGCUAACAGAAUAAUAAGCUUCAGAUGACAUGAUAUUUCUUCACUCAAGUCUAUAUA